CAAUAGGGCUGGUGAAGACCCAAGUCCCUGUGGCCUCGCGCGAGAAUUCAAUACUAGAAAGACGGAGAGGGGGCCUAGGGAGAGACGCUGGAAUGUCGUCGAAGGCUCCUUUCGGCGUGACAGCAAUUUAACAUUUAAGGCUGGCUCGUAGCGUCAGAUGACAGUUACAGGAAUGGAGGCUGAUGCUGUAAGAAGCAAAGCUGUAGAGAAAGAAGCCGCUGAACAGCAAAAGGAACGUGACAAAAAGAAAAGGUCAAGAGUUAAACAGGUGCUUUCAGACAUAGCAAAGCAAGUGGACUUCUGGUUUGGUGAUGUCAAUCUCCACAAGGACAAGUUUCUCCGAGAACAAAUAGAAAAGUCUAGAGAUGGGUAUGUUGACAUAUCACUUCUACUUUCUUUUAACAAAAUGAAAAAAUUAACCACUGACAGGAAAUUGAUAGCACGAGCAGUUAAAAACUCAUCUGUUGUAGAGUUGGAUUUAGAAGGAACUAGGAUCAGACGAAGGCAGCCACUGGGUGAGCAACCUAAAGAUGUGGAUAGUCGUACGGUAUAUGUGGAAUUGCUUCCUAAAAAUGUCAAUCACAGCUGGAUUGAAAGAGUUUUUGGGAAAUGUGGCAAUGUAGUCUAUAUCAGCAUCCCUCGUUACAAGACUACAGGCGACCCAAAGGGAUUUGCAUUUGUUGAAUUUGAAACAAAAGAGCAAGCAGAAAAGGCAAUUGAGUUUUUGAAUAACCCACCUGAAGAUGCACCAAGAAAACCUGGGAUCUUCCCCAAAACAGUUAAAAACAAGACUGUUCCUGCUCUGACUACAAAUAAUUCUAGUGCAGUUGAAGAAAAGAAAAAGAAAAAAAAGAAGAAAUCCAAAUCAAAGAAGGAAAACAGCCAGCAAGCUACAGCAGAUACAAAAGACUCAAAUAUGGACACUACUGCGGAACACACAAGCAGAUCGAAGAGACACCGAACAACAUCAGAGAGCUCUGAGAUGGAAGCAUCAGAGGCCCAGUGGCAGUCUUCAAAAAGAGAGAAAAAGAGGACAGAUAAAACAGAGAGCUCAGGGUCUGGAGAAAGCAGAUCAGGGAAGAGGAAGCGCAGCCACUCGGGUGAUGUAGAACUGUCCUUUGUAAAGGUAAAGAAAACUAGUCAGAAAGAUAAUGUUCAUUCUGCACGAGAGGAAUCUACAGAAGGACCAGAGGAUUCCAAGGAACUUUCCACUGAAGAAGAGAGAGAGUGUGGAGAUAAGAAAGACACAUCUCUUUCAAAAUCCAAAAGGAAGCAUAAGAAAAAACAUAAAGAGAGACACAAGAUGGGAGAAGAGGUCAUUCCGCUGAGAGUGCUCUCGAAAAGCGAAUGGAUGCAACUGAAGCAAGAGUAUUUGGCCCUACAGAAAGCCAGCAUGUCAUCUUUGAAAAAAGCUAUGGCUCAGAUAGAAACAAUGACUGUUGAGGAAGUGGAAGCCGAUGCCUGUAAACCAAUGCAGACUGAAACAAGAAAUGGAAAAUCCUCUGCUGAGAAGACUCACUCAGUGGGCCCCCAAUUUGAGGGUGGAGUAAUUGUGAAGAUCGUUAGUCCUGAGCCUCUCCCUGGCAGGAAGCACAUCAAGGACAUAUUAGUAACAUUGGCCGAUGUUGCUUAUGUUGACAUGUUGGAAGGAGAUAAUGAGUGUCAUGUGCGUCUUAAAACUCCAGAAGAUGCACAGACUGUGAUAAAGUCACAUAAAGAACUGCAGGCUAAAAACAACUGGAAACUUGAGAUCCUAUCAGGUGAUCAUGAACAGCGAUACUGGCAGAAAAUUUUGGUAGAUCGACAAGCUAAACUUAAUCAGCCACGAGAAAAGAAGCGGGGCACACAGAAGCUAAUUGCAAAAGCUGAAAAAAUGAGACUGGCCAAGACACAGGAGAUAAGCAAGCACAUCCGUUUUUCUGAAGAUGAAUAAAUAUGAAUAUUUACCUGAAUGGAAAACUCUUUUAAAAAGUUACUACUAUGCAGAAUCUGUUCAUUGGUAAUAUCAUAGGAUACAAGAUUGUACCCAGUUCUAAUACAGUAGGCUGAUUUAAUUAGUACCUCUGCUUGGGUCUGUUUGUGGAAGAAUGUAUUCAGUGAGCUAUUGUGUAUCUUUUUCAUCCUUUUUUUGUAUAUUGCAUUUUUAUAAACUAUUAGAAAAGAACUAAAUAAAAAUUAGAAAUCUUCUAUAAACGAGUUUGAUAUUUGUUCCUAAAAUAAUUGGUAUGUUGGUGGUACACUCUUUCUAAGGCUUGGGAAGCAGAGGUACCCAGAUGCUGCUAAUUUACAAAGUAAUAAUUGUGGACUGGAAAUAUAAAAUAUAUUCUGAAAGUUAGAUCUGUACUUUUUAAUAAGCACCAAAGAUAUUUCUUGUUUGUACACUGUUAGAACAAUAUCUUAUUCCUGUAAGGCACUGUUUGGUUUGCUGAUUCUUGUAAUUCUACCUUAAGGGUUGUUUUGUUAGGAUGACAAGUCCUCAGUACGCUCAGUGGUGCCAUGACCAAUCUCAUCAGAUCUCAAAAGACAGCUCUCCAAUAGCACAGUGGAAGGAAGAUGCCAGGGAAAUGGUGGCUGGCAGAGGAAAGUGUGUGUCAAACUCCCAAGUUGGUGUUCCACUGCCAGCGUGAGUGUUUCUGUAAAGAGUACUAUUUCUGUAAGAGGGCUGGCCUCGUAAUAAAAACAAAGAAACAUGGUAGAAUGGCAAUGAAUAAGUUACUACAUGUUAAACAGAGUCUUUUGGUGUCCUAUAUCCCUUGAGUAAUGUCCCACAUCUAUAGAGGAAGGGUUAUUUGGAGCUUGUUCUUUUUGGAAAGAUAGGACUAAUGUAGACUGAACUAUUGCAAUGGACCUAUAAUGAACAAUUAUUUGCCUGUGAGGUAGUGAUACCAUGUAAAAACGCAGAUUCCCAGAUUCAGAAGGCUGAUUCAUGCAUACAAUGACAGUAACAGGCAAAACCUUUUUUCUAGGAAGCAAGAGAACAACUAAUCUGUCAUUCCUUCAAAAUAAGGAUAUGCAGUUGACAGUAAGAGCUGAUUGAAUAUUCAAGUUGGUUUCAGAAACAACAAUGGGCUAUCAUGUACAAUGCUUUGGGAGGUGAUCAAAGUACCCAGUUAGUAGAAGAAUUUGGUAUUUACAAUAAAACAGAAUUUUAAUUAUUUUAUCAUAUUUAUACCCUGUCCUCCCCGUGAAUGGGCUCAGGGUGGCUAACAACAAAAGAAAACAUUAUACAUUAAAACCAUAAACAAAUAUUUUAAAACAAUACUUAAAAGCUAACAUAAAUCAUUUAUGGUAGCAGGAACAUAGCACUUCAUCUAGUUUAUCCUGCCACACAACCUAGUAUUUGAGGAGCAGAAUGUCCAGUACCUCUGACAACUGAAUGUCCUUUUGAUAACCUUCAAGGAAAAAAGAUUCAAUUGUCGUCUUUGCCACCUUUUGAACAUAUAUUCUAAACCAGUUGAUUAUUAGAAGGAACUAUUCCAACUCGUGUAACUAUGUUCCAGAAAGGUUGCAGAUAGCAAGAAGCAGAGAUUCCUGUAGCACUAAAGACUAUGGGUAUAAUCUAGUCAAGCUAAGCACUGGAUAUCAAUGGGAGAGACUGAAGCUUGUGUUGAUGUGGUGAACUUGCCUUAGAAAGUUCAUGUGAUAAAUUCCAAAAGAAGAAAUGCCUUGGUGUCCUCCUUCCAGUAUCUUCCAUGAGCAGUCCGACUCCUCACCACAGAGAAAUUGUUGGUGCUGUUGUCUUCAAUAUCCUGAACAGCCAAAGAAAUGCCUGCUCAGAAAGAAGACUUACAGGUUCUGUAAGAGCUCACUUGUGGUUGAGGUUAGAAUAAAGGAAUUGGCUGUUUGAGUUUAUUUAUGGAAGGGAACUUGCACUGGAACUGACAUUUGCCUUAGUUACAGUAAUAUUAACGGACAAGAAGGUGUACCUGAGUUACAACUGGCCAGUUCAG